CCGCGGCCCGUGUGGCUGCUGCUCUUGAUGGGGACGCGCCUGGCGCCCGCCGUCUCCAGCGGGACUGCGCGUCUGCGUCGAGAGGGGCGGCUCCUUCCCCUUCCUCCUCCUCCUCCUCACGGGAAACCGGCUGCCUUCUCCCGGUGAGCGCCGGGGGCUGCGGGACGGGCGCCGCGAGCCCUGCUGGUGGAGUUGGGGGCGGCGGCCGCCCGGCGCCGGAGCCGCCUCCCUGCCCCCCGCCGUCGGUCGCAGGCAGGAGGCGCUCGGCGGAGCGGAUGGCCAGCGCCUGAGCGGCAGGGCGGAGGGGCUCGGCGUGCCGCCGCCGCCGCCGCCUGGAUCGCCCGCCGCCGGAGCGGGCGAGCUGCGCGCCUUGCGGUCUCUCCUCCGGGGCGCGGUGAGCCCGGCCUCCCGGCCCUGGAGAGCCGCGCUGCUGCCCGCGCCUGGCUUCAAUGCACCACCCUGACUCAGCUGCAGACGCGCGGGCGAAGAAGAUGGCGCACCCGGCGAUGCUGCCUCGGAGGGGCGGCAGCAGCGGCGGCGGCGGCGGCACGGCGGGCAGCGUCGGAGGCGGCAGCGCCGGCGCCAGCUCGGAAGAGUACCCGCCUGCCCUGCUGGUCCAGCCGCCGCCGCCUUCCCCCGCUGCCGCCGCCGCCCCCGCCGCAUCUUCCUCCGCGCCCGGCCCGCCGCCGCCCCCCCCACCGCAGAGCCUGGCCCUCCUCUCGCAGCCGCCGCCCCUCGGCCAAGCGGGCGCCCAGCUCAAGAAGAAGAGCGGCUUCCAGAUCACCAGCGUGACCCCGGCCCAGAUUUCUGCCAGCCUGAGCUCCAACAACAGCAUCGCGGAGGACACGGAGAGCUACGACGACCUGGACGAGUCGCACACCGAGGACUUCUCCUCCUCCGAGAUCCUGGACGUCUCCCUGUCCAGGGCCACUGACCUGGGGGAGCCCGAGCGGAGCUCCUCGGAGGAGACGCUGAACAACUUCCACGAGGCAGAGAGCCCGGGCGCCGUCUCCCCCAACCAGCCCCGGCUGGGCCAGCCGCCCAGAGCCCUGACCAACGGGAGCAUCCACCCUCCUCAUGGACACCCCUUCGCCCACCCCGCCCACGGGCACCCCCAGGCUGCCUCCCACACCGGGGCUGCGGGGCUGCCGAUUUCGGGGGGCUCUCCAUCCAGCCCGUCCUUCCGAAGGCUGCCCGGGGCUGGAAGCUUGGAGGGCGCUGGUCCUGGCCUUGCAGCAGCGCCCUCCUCCCCCGUGGGCACCAUUGCAGCUGCCCCCGUGGCCCACCUCCGCCCUGGUGGCCCCCCUGGGGUCACUUCUGCCGGUGGAGCCUGCGCCAGCAGUGUGGCAGGGGGGGCGAGUGGCCGAGCACGCCCGCUGAGCAAGAACCUGGGCAACCUCGCAAGUGCCGGGAAUGGAAUGGCUGUGCCCGGAGGGAGCCACCCUGGGAAUGUGGCGCUCUCCGGCGGGAUUGGCAAUGGCGCCAGCGCUUCCUUGAAUGCCGCCGGAAGCUCUGGUCAUACAGUUGCAGGGGCAGCAGCGGUGGCUUCGGGCCACCUGCAGCCUGUGGGCGGCACAUCAAGGUUUCGAGUCGUGAAAUUAGAUUCCACUUCGGAGCCGUUUAAGAAAGGGCGAUGGACGUGCACAGAGUUCUACGACAAGGAUAACCCUGGUCCGGUGGCCGAAGGAGCUGCUGUGGCCAAAACAGGAGACGUUCUCCUAGAAGUGACCUCGGAAAGGGAGACCACCAGUGGGAGUUCCGUCAGCAGCACCCUGAGCCACUAUACCGAGAGCGUGGGAAGUGGGGAGAUGGGGGCCCCUUCUGGGGCGCAGCAGCAGGCAUUUCAAGCUGUAGGGCCUCAGCAGAUGGACUUCAGCGGUGCUGGUGCAGGGUCAGCACCAGGUCUACCCCAGAGUGUUUCUCAGUCCCAGCUCUCGCAGGUCCCGCUUCAUCCUCAAGAUGUCAGCUACCCUCCGCAGAAGGUUCCUCCUCCGGUGAACGUAGUUGGUGGCCAUCAACCAGCUCUGGCAUCGCAACAGCUGCCGUUCACCCCGCCAGCCCAACCGGUCCCAGCUGUUCCAGUUGCUCCACAGCCACCACAGUUACCUUUUGGGCAGGGACAAGCUCAGCACGCAACAGCCCUGCCCCCAAUGUCUAUGCAGAUGGCUCCAGGGCAUGUGAAGCCAGUAACCCAAGCCCCAGUGCCAGAUUACACCCAGCAGCCACAGCCGCAGAUGCUUCCAGCUUCGGCUUCUUCUCUGCAGCCUGGGACUGCGAUGUUGGGAACAGGGUCUACGGUGCCCAUCGUGCAGCCGCCAAAUAUGCAGCUUCCUGUCCAAGCACACAUCGCUGUGGCACCUUCUCAGCCUGUUGCUCAGGCCCAGCCCACCAUUCCAGCCGUGGGAGCGCCUGCUCCCGUGAUGAACGUUGGACAACAAGGAAGCGUAGCUCCUGUGGCCCAGCCACCACCAGUGGCAAAUCAGAUUGGUCCUUCGUUGAUGGCCCAGAGUGCUCCUGCUGCUGCUGCUGCUCCACCCUCCCAAGCAGCUCCCUCAGUUCCAGCAGGGAUCGUCCAUCCAGGGUCCCAAGGUGCGCUACCGGGCCUUUCUCAGCCUCUGGGUAUUGCACCCCAGAGUAGUUUGAUACCAAUGCAAGCCGGAGAUCCUCUGGUUCAAGGAAUGAGCCAACUGCCUCCUGUGAGCCCAGUACCUUCUGUUAGCACUACUCCUGUGCCGUGCCAUUCAGCUGCAAGCGGGCCCCCUGCGCCUAUGGGCCUGGCUCCUUCCAAGAACCUAGCACAGUCUUCAAGUAUGCAAAAUGGGAGCUUGGUCCAAAAUGUGUCUCAACCUGCCUUGAUUUCUACUAGCAUCAAUUUGCCCGGAGCCCCCAGCGUGCCACUGAACUCUUCCCAGUUCUCUGCGCAGUCCCUCGCUCAGUCAAUUACAACCCGAACUGAAGAUGCCAAGCGCCCUACGGAAUCCACCUUGGUUGGCUUAACCCAGCCUUCUGGCGGUGAAGGCAGUGUUGGAGCCCACUCAGCCCUGGCAGAUGGGAGCAUGGUCUCCUCCCUUUUCCCCCUGAAGGUACUUCCGCUGGCAUCUCUGGAUGGUGAGGAAGACAGCUCCUCCGGUGCCAGCGUCGUCGCGAUAGACAACAAAAUCGAGCAAGCCAUGGAUCUUGUGAAGAGCCAUUUGAUGUACGCAGUACGAGAAGAAGUGGAAGUUCUGAAGGAGCAGAUCAAAGAACUCAUUGAGAAGAAUAAUCAGCUGGAGCAGGAAAACAACCUGUUGAAAACUCUGGCCAGUCCAGAACAGCUGGCUCAGUUUCAGGCACAGUUGCAGACCAGUUCCUCCCCGGCGUCUUCCCAAACGCAGGGGACAAGCCUGCAGCCUUCCCAGUCUGCACCACAAGGCUCAGGACCUUCAGCGUAGUCCAGCAUUUCUUGGGUUUUGGCACUCUGGACUCUGCUGAGGCUGGACUGCAGAAAAUCCAGCAGUCUGCAUGCUGUCCCCCCAGUUAUGAAGACUCUUCUGCGCCCUGCACUCCUAGUCGCAAAACAUUUUCCUUUCCAGUAUUGAGCUGUUCGUGGGCAGCAGGGGAGUUGAAUUUUUCUUUUAGAUAUUUUUUAAGUUGGGGGAGGGAGGGUCUCACCACUGUUCAGGGAAUUAGCACAAAUGCACUGGGGACUUAAGCAGCUUCUGCAGCUGGCUGCUAAACGUAUGAGUUUGUGUGCCUGAGGCUUUUUUCCUUAAGAUCUUCCUUCCGUGUAGUGCCGUGAUGAAUGCAAGUGCUGUUGGGCCUGGAAAUGUGAAGAAAUUGGCUGGGGUGGUGGGAAUGAAGACCCAUUCUCUAGCGUUCCACCAGGAAGCCAAAGGAAUGAGGGAUCAGCAAGAGCUUUGGGGAAAGUGGAGGACAGCAAAGGGGGGCCUUUAGUGCCUGCAGUCUUAAAAAGCAGAUAAUGCACUCAUUUUCUGUAGCCAAGAAAGGUGCAAAAAUAAUCUAUUUCUAGGAGAGGAAUCGGUAGGUGAUGCUGUGACAUAGGAUCGUCAAAUGAAGGUUUGUUUGCUUAAUGUAUAUUUGUGUAUUUAGUGUAAUUACUUUGUAAAAUAGGAACUGUAACUACUCAUUACGUUGUACAGAGUGAAUUUAAAAGAAUGAACUGAACAAGUUUGGAUAGUGUUUUUAUUUUAUUUUAUUUUUGAUGCUACACGAAUAAGAUUUGCACCUAUACAGCUCUUCAGAAAUUGGCUGAUGCUGUUUACGUCAGUUCUAAAAGUUGCCUUGGAAAGUGAAUACGUUGAGGUCAAACGGUCCUUUGCAGUUCCAGUUCGUGCAGGAGGGAUUGGUUCACAAAAGCAGAAUCUAAAGUUAAUUUCUCACUUUUUUGAGGGGGCAUAUGAUCUGUAUAGUAGGAUGCAUAUGUUCUUGUGCAUGUUCUUGGAGAUUGAUUGGGAGAAAAAUGGUAAAAUGUCAGUAUAUUUAACUAUUGCACUUGUCAACUUCCAAUAAAGCAUACGAUGUUGAUAUAGAA